UCUUUUAACUUUGGAAUAAUCCACAUUUUAACUCUCGCGAGGUUGGGCGAGAGCGGACGUAUCCUGGUUUGGGCAAAGAAGAUGGCGUCGCAGUCUGAAACCUCGACAUGGAUCAAGUUCUUCAUGGAGGCCGGGAUCCCGGCCGGACCGGCUGCGAGCUACGCCGUCACCUUUGCAGACAACAGGAUCCAGAAGACCAUGCUGCUGGAUCUCAGCAAGGAGAUCCUGAACGACAUGGGGAUCAUGGUGGUGGGCGAUGUCAUAGCCAUCCUCAAACAUGCCAAAACUGUAGCACAGCAGGCUCAGCCAUGUUUGUUUCCUCAGGAACAGAGAGACAAGGUGCUGCAGGUGUCUGUAGGACCACAGGACCCCCCACGAAGGAAACCUGCUGGGACACCGGCAAGCAGGAUGGUUGGCCACUACCUCAGGGAUUCUCCCAGCAGCUCCCCCUAUAGGAUGUCCCUAGAUGGUGGUAUCACAAGUGUGAAGAGAACUAUUGUAUCAGACCUGGAGGAGGAGGUGGUAGGGGGGAUGAAGAAGGCCCGCAAAGUAGCCAUGCCAGAGGAGGGCUCACAGACCAUCAUCGUCCGCAUGCCAGACAAGAUGCCAGCUAAUAUGGGUCCUGGCAAAAAGGCAUCAUCUGUGUUUGACAGACUGGGAGGGGACACUCCAGCAGACUCUACAAAGCCAAAGGCCACAGGAGUGUUCAGUCGUCUGGGCGACCAGUCGGAAGCAGAACCGCCACUAGAGUACCAUGGUGUACUGAAGCAGAGCCCCAGUGCUGUAAAGGCUCUAGCCGCUGCUCCUACUGCUGCUGCACCUGGCAAGAAAAGUGUCCAUGACAGGCUCGGACCACAGGCUGCCGAGAAGGGAAUCAGGAAAAGACUUGGUCCUGAAAAAGUGGACUCCACGACAGGCACUGCGAAACCCAGCGUGUUGGCACGUCUUGGGCAGAAGAGAACUGAGAAAACAACAGCAACAAAUGUGAAGAAAAUGGAGGCAUCGUCUAGUGACUCUGUAUCUGAUGAUGUUUCUGCAAAACUGUCGGCUGUGAGGAAAAUCUCAGGCAUUAAGAAGGCUGUGACAACUGCUGGGAAGAAAGGGAAGGGGUCAGUCUCUGUAGCAAAAGUCAGCAGCUCAGGGAUAUUUAGUUAUGAAGACUCUGGAGAAGAUACUGGGAAGAAGGCUGUUGGGGGUGGGAGUGUGUUUGCAAGAUUGGGGAAGAUCUAAGCACUUCAGGACAAGUCUACAAGAUUGCUCUGUACAUCCUGGCUGUGUAGCAAGAUCAGUUUUAGUUUGGAGGUUUUAUGUACAUAUCAAAUUCUUACCCUGUAUGUAUGUGUGUAUAUGCUUGUACAAGACUUUGGUACUGGAGAGCUUAUCAUAUAGGAAUCAUCAGAAUGAUUGACUGACAUCCAUGUUUGAAUGUAAGCUUAGUUGUGAGCUCAUGAGAAAACUUGGUGUACAGGAUUUGAUGACCACAAAAUUGUGUGCAGAAACAUGUUGUUUAAUUUUAAUUUGUAUUUUUUUUAGAGCUUGUUAGUAGGUUUUAUGUGUGGUCACUGGCUGCAAAGGAUAUCAACCCACAGCUGGUAAGGGCUUUAGACAUGUAAUGUGGCCUUUUCUUCACUCUUUUUUCAAAGAAACUUUUCAUCCCAGUCUUCCAGUUAACAACAGAUAUUAGUCCCCAACAUUGCAAAGAUCUUUGUUAUUCUGCUUCAAUUUGGUACUGGUUUCUUGCCCCAAACUUCAUGUGCUGUCACGAGAUGACAGGAUGUUCAAGACCUGAAACGUUUAGUAACUUAAUAGUAAGGAUACCAUUAUACUAGUAUGAAGUACUCUAACUUGUGUCAUUUCUGCAUUUGGAAUAUACUGGGUCUGGUCAUGUUUCAUAGUACAAUACCAUUUGCUACAUUAUUCUGAAACAACUUUUACUGAAAAUAGAUACACAUGUACACUUAUCUCUAAAGCUUCCGUUUAGGUUGGAAAAGAGAGUGUUGACAGAAAACACAUAAAUAUACACUUUGACUUUGUUACCUUUUGGUAUUUUUGUUGAGAGUGCAUGUGCUCCAUACUUACUGAAUCCUUUCAUUCACUAUUUGUUCAUUUGUCGGUUGAUGGUCUUUGUUGAAGUUGUCAUUUUUGAUGUAAUAUUACUCGUACUUUGUUACCACUGCCAAGUAAAGGUAUGCAAAAACUAAA